AUGCUGUUCAAUUCGAGAGUGGAAAGCGAAUUCACGCCGCAAGCUUGUCUCGUCGUCCUUGGUGGCUUCUUCGCACUGUUUGCCACCGUAGGAAUUAAUAGCAUGUUCGGCGUCUUUGAAGCAUAUUAUAAGAAAAACCAGCUAUCAGAUGAAUCCCAAUUCACCAUCUCCUGGCUGGGAGCGAUUAGCGUUACCUGCGUCUACAGUGGAACAUUCGUGGUCGGCUCGCUUGUUGACAAGUUUGGGGGAAAAAUCAUGAUUUAUAUCGGCUCUGUAGGAAUAGUUUCUGCGCUAAUGUUAACCUCUUUGUGCACCAAGCUUUACCAAUUCAUUCUAGCUCAAGGUGUUCUUCUCGGGGUUUCGAUGGCUAUGGUUUUCUGUCCAUCAACCGUGUACGUUAGCCAAUGGUUCAAAAAGAAGUCUGGAACUGCGAUGGGGAUCGUUCUCUCUGGUGCUGCUGUUGCAGGAACUACCUUGCCUAUCGCAAUUGAAAGAUUGCUGACUUACCCAAACCUGAAAUUUGAGUGGACUAUGCGGAUCGUGGGAUUCAUAAUGCUUCCUCUUCUUGCCAUAACCUGUGUCUUUGUUCGUCCGCCACCGAACAUUAAUGCCAACCUUGUGGAUGAAAGGAGUCCUGAGACCAUUGUGAGUCAACAGACACCAAAACCAUUAGCGGAGGAACUCGAGCACGCAUCUAUGACCAAUAAGCGGGAAGCAGAUUUCUCUAUACUGCGCAAGCCAGUAGUGAGGCUCACUUGCCUAUCACUCUUCAUUGUAUACUUCGGCAUGCUCUCGCCAUUAUUUUAUAUCAGUUCGUAUGCUAUUUCCAAAGGCUUUUCGUCUAGCUUGGCUUUCUAUAGCGUUUCUAUCAUCAAUGCGUUCUCUUUUGUUGGUCGGAUCACUAUGGGAAUUGUUUCAGACCACUAUGGGACAUUCAACAGCAUCACCUUUUCAACAUUUGUUGCUGGAAUUGUUGUUUUAUGUUGGACAACCGUAAACUCCGUUGCUGGUCUGGUUAUUUUCUCUAUUGCUUAUGGAUUUUUAGAAGGGAGCAUUUUUGCCCUUCAAACAGCCUGUGCCACACAGCUUUCACCUCCUCAUGCUCGUGGAGUGACACUGGGAGCUAUCAUGGCAUCCAUAUCGCUCUCAUCUCUUGCCGGAACUCCUAUAAGCGGCCAGCUUGCUGGAAAGUACGGUUACUUGUCCUUGUCGAUUUACUCCGGUGUGAGCUUUCUCCUGGGUGGUGUAUUUUUAGCUGCUGCCCGAAUGGCACAAGAUCGGAAGUUGCUUGCUGUUGUUUGA